CCCCUCCUUCCUCAGGCUUUCAUCUCUCUUUCCAGCUCCCAGCUUUUCUUCCUUUUUCUGGCAACAUAUUCCAAAAGCUCGAUUAUCUUUCUGUCUGUAUUUUAUUUCUGUUUCUUCUGCUUGUUUUAGACAAGGUUUUGGCCUUUUCUUUCUCGACAGAUACGUACGUUUGCAAACAAAGGCUUUUCAUUAAAGUCUCAGUUUUCCACAUCUGUUCUCAAAACCCAACACCUAAAUCCUUUUGGCUGAGUUUCAAUUAAUCACUCGUGCAUGCUUCUCCCUAACAUACGCUAUAUAGCAUGCAGUUGAAGCAAAUUUGAGUCAAACCAGCCGCGUACCACUGGGGUGUAUUUGAACAAUCAUUUGUUCAUAUUCUUCUGUUUUUGAUUUUUUGGAGGGGUUUAUAAAUGGAGAACAUGGGAGACUGGGAGCAAAAGAAUCUUAUAAAUGAGCUGACACAAGGGAGGGAGCUAGCUAGACAGCUCCAAGGCCAUCUCAAUGCGUCAUCUUCAUCGCAUGAGACCCGGGAAUUCUUGGUGCAGAAGAUCUUGUCUUCCUAUGAAAAGUCACUCUCAAUGCUCCGUUGGAGCAGCUCAGUGGGCGAACCACAGCCGAUAGCAGGUGCAGUCCGAACUUCCGAAUCCCCACCUUCUCUAGUUGGCAGUCCAAGGAGCGAAGAUUCAGAUCGGGACAUCAGGGAUCUGGAUCACACAUCAGAUGGCUCCAGGAAGAGAAAGGCUUUACCAAGGUGGACACAACAAGUAAGAGUUAGCCCUGGGAUGGGACUUGAAGGGCCUCUUGAUGAUGGCUUUAGUUGGAGGAAAUAUGGUCAGAAAGACAUUCUUAAUGCCAAAUAUCCAAGAGGUUACUAUAGGUGCACACAUCGACAUGUCCAAGGUUGCUUGGCUACAAAGCAAGUUCAACGAUCCGAUGAAGACCCGACCAUCUUCGAAAUCACAUACCGAGGAAGGCAUACCUGUAGUCAAGCCUCCACCAUAAUGGCUCCCCAGUCAUCUCCUGAAGUAGUACUACAAGAACCAAACAACGUCAUGGAUCUUCAGCAGCUUAACCCUCAACCACAACAACAACAUGAUCAUCAUGAGCCACUGUCACAAGAGUUAAUGCUCUUGAACUUCCAGGCAAACCUCAAAGUCCAAACCGGAAAUCUAGACACCCACCACGCCGGGCAAUCAUUUCCCUCAUUCAUCUUCCCUUCUUCUUCAACUUUUGAGGCUGCAGAUCAUCAUCCAACACAGCAACAAGCUGUGUUUCCAGCUUCUAUGAUAGACAACAAUUUUGUGGGAAGCUAUUCUCCUUCGUUCAUGUCUCCUGAAACAUCUGGAACAAACUAUUUCUCGGCAUCUCCGGGUGGAAUGAAUACUGGCUUUCCUGCAGGUCAACUUCAUUUUCAAAGCUCCGAGUCUGAGCUAACUGAGAUAAUAUCAGCUGCAACUUCAGCUACAAACUCACCAACGGUUGGUUUGGAUUUUCCAUUUGGUCCUAAAUUCGACCCCAACUUCUCAUUCGACAACCACGGAUUCUUCUCCUAAUUGGGUAUUACGUACAUCGAUCGCAGGAAGAAAGAAAUAAUAAUGUUAGCUUUAGACAAGUGUACGAGUAGAUGUUCCUAGCUGGCUAGUUAAUUAGUGCGAUAUUUAGAGGGAAACCAAACUCCUUAAUUACUUCAUGUGGUAUUAUCAUUGAAAUAUUACUAGUACUCAUGAAAUCAUGUGGAGAUGGUCUUCAAUUCUCUGGCUAUCAGAGAAUUUUGAUUUGUGAACGAAGGUUGCAAGAUGUAAGGAAACCUGUUUAAUUUUGUAGUAAAUUGUUUCUGUUUGAUUUUGUAGCAAA